AUGCAGCAGACAGACGGCGGCAAACCACUGCAAAAGCGAUACGUCGUGUCCAGCUUUCUCUUCAAGCUCUGCGAUGCUGAAGCACGUGCAACCAAGGUGGCCUUGUUCCGACGGAGCGACAAGGUCCGAACGUACCAGCACCAUCUAGCCCCAAUUUCCGGCAGUAUCGAUCCUCAAACAGACGCGACUCCGGUGGAGACGGCUUGGAGAGAAUUAAAGGAAGAAACGUCUCUAACACCUUCUACCGUUCAACUAUGGAGAAAGGGACGGCCGUUCUCUUUUCAAGAUCAGGCCGUGGGCAGGGAGUGGACUAUCUACCCUUUUGCCUUCUUACUCAAGCCACCGACAGACCACGAAACACCUGAAAGGGAAACUGGCUCCGAUCAUGAGGGCGAUGGUAUUGUGCUUGACUGGGAGCAUGACUUCUACAAUUGGCAUGAUCCGGAAGAGGUUCUUUCUCGGUUGGGUAAAGACGGGUCUAAUGCUACAGUCUGUGGACAGAUGCUAGUGCCCCGGAUCGCCGAUUCCUUGGUCAGUGUGUAUCCAGAGUACAACCUAGGAUCUACGGCGGGCAGACGAUUGAGGGAAGGUCUGCAGCAACUGCAGGACGACCAUAAGAGUGGUGCGAGAGAACUCGCUGCCAUUGCUCUCAACAUAUUGAAAGAGAUUUUGUUGGAAGUACGACCGUCGAAGAUGAAAGAAAGUCGGGAUCAGGACAAAUGGGAGGUAUGGUGGAAGGAUGUACGACUAAUCGCGUGGCAUCUGUGGACGAACGGGAGAGAGUCGAUGGGUGCAGCCAUCGCCAGUGCUCUGCUGUCGGUUAUGGCGGAUCUUGAGCGGGUGUAUCAGGACAGGGCUAGAGAGGAGGACAUCGAUCGUCUGAUCGAGUCACUGAUCGAGAAGAGAACGGCCAUGACGAGAGGUCUCUGUGAGUCUUUUGCGUCGUAUAUUCGCGAAAAUGUACUCGUGGAGAAGGGCUCGCAGGAGAAAUCUCUGAAGAUUGUCACGCUGUCAGCAAGCUCCACAAUCCGGGAAUCCGUCUUACAUCUUUUCGGUCAGACUGCCAAGGAAACUGGUAUCCAGACUGUCGAGCUGCACGUCUUAGAGUCGCGGCCCCUCUUUGAAGGCGUGACUCUAGCGUCGUCCAUCGUGUCGUCGAUCCAACCCUCAGGAAAUGGCGAUCAUGUUACGAAAAAUCAAAAGCCCAACAUUAAAGUCACCCUCUACCCCGAUAGCUCGUCAGCAAUAGCAGCUCGCUAUGCUGACAUCUUGCUAGUCGGGGCCGAUCAAAUCGCCACCGACGGCGCGGUGAGCAACAAAACGGGCAGUUUGCCCGCGAUUCUAGCAGCAAAACACGUGUCGCCCGAGAUAAAAGUGGUGGUGCUAAGCGAACUAGACAAGGUGGCUGGGGCCGAAGAAAGACAUGCAGAGGACGAGGACAACGAUCCAGCAGAGGUUGUGCGUGGCUGGCGACUGGCGGGGGUCAAGGGGGCUGAUGUAAUAGAGGGAAGGAGCACAGUGAGAAACAUCUACUUUGAAUGGGUGCCGCCGGGCUUGGUCGACGCUUAUAUCACCGACGAUGGUGUCAAGGGCGUUGCUGACAUUAGCGAGAGAUCUGCUUGGGUCGUCGAUAGGUCCCAGGGUGAUCCCAAGGUUGCAUCUCCAGUCAGCCCAUUGCCUCAUUGUCAGCUAUAUGUUGGCAAGCUGAGACGAUUGUCCGUGUUAGCGCCCACGCCCGUCCAAUGCGCCCGACGGUAUGAAGCCAGGGGGCCGAUGCAGAUGGCCAAUGGUGGCAGGUAG